GGGAGCCCGUGGACAGAUCCCGCAGGGCCGGGCAGGGUCAGCUCCCGUCCCCGGGACCCCCGAGCCAUGGCCAUGGGCCAGGACGGGCCCCCGGCCCGGCUGGGGCUGGGCUGCUGUGUCCUGAUGCUGCUGGUGCUGCUGCUGGGGGGCUCGGGCAGCCCGCGGGCCCCGCCAGCGCCCCGGCGGCCGCGGGCAGAGGGGCAGGGACCCGCCGGGGAGCGGGCUCCGCGGGGCAGGGCGAGCUACGAGGGCUACGAGGCCGUGAAGAAGCACUUGGGAGCCGUGAGUGCCCUCUCCAAGCAGUACUGGCAGUACCUGGCGUGCAAGGUGUGGCAGGAGGGCUGCGAGGAGAAGGAGGAACAAAGAGAGCCCGGUCCCAGCCCAGGCUGGAGCUUACCUCUGGUGGGCCAGGAUUACCUGGAGAUCCUCUCUGCCUGGUACUGCAGCUUUGGCAAGUGCUGCGAGACAGGAGACUGCAGGAUAGUCAACAACAUCACAGGGCUAGAGGCAGAUCUCAGUGAGCAGCUCCACGGGCAGCACUUGGCCAAAGAAGUGGUGGUUCAGGCGGUGCAGAGGUUCCUGCAGAGCCCACAGCCUGAGAAGGCCCUGGUCCUGUCCUUCCAUGGCUGGUCUGGCACCGGGAAGAACUUUGUGGCCCGGAUGGUGGCCGGUCACCUGUACCGGGAUGGGCUGAGGAGCGACUGCGUCAGGGUGUUCAUCUCCCUCCUCCACUUCCCCCACCACAAGUACCUGGACUCCUACAAGGCCCAGCUGCAGCGGCAGCUCAGCGAGACCCUGCAGCUCUGCAGGCAGUCCCUGUUCAUCUUCGACGAGGCUGAGAAGCUGCAUUCCAGCCUCCUGGAUGCCAUCAGGCCCUUCAUGGCUCCCUACGGCAACGAGGGCCAGGCAGAUCAACAGAGGUCCAUCUUCCUCUUCCUCAGCAAUCUUGGUGGAAACACCAUCAAUGAGGUCGCCUUGGACUUCUGGCGAGCCGGCCGGGCACGGGAGGAGAUCUCCAUGGAGUUCCUGGAGCAGCAGCUGCGGCGGGAGCUGCAGGAGCCUGCGGAGAACAGUUAUGCCCACAGCCACCUCCUCAGAGAGAACCUCAUCGACUUCCUGGUGCCAUUCCUGCCCCUGGAGUUCCACCACGUGAAGCUCUGUGCGCGGGACGCCUUCCUGGCCCGGGACCUUCCCUACUCCGAGGCCACCCUGGACGAGGUGGCCAGGACGAUGGUGUUUGUCCCCAAAGAGGAGAAGCUCUUCUCUGCACAGGGCUGCAAAUCCGUGCCCCAGCGCAUCAAUUACUUCCUCCCUUGACCACCAGGUGGGACCACACGUGUGCUGGAGGUGGUUCUGCACUCUGGGAGCUGCUCCCCUUGCACGGGUAGGGCACGCAGGUGACCCAGCCAGGCACUUGCCCAGGGACAGAGACUCAAUCCCUCGUUACUCCAAAGGCUGUUGCAGGGAGAGAGGUGCAUCCCACCCAGCCUUACUCCUGGGACACGGGGACUGUGUUUGGAGUCUGUCUGGUGUUUUAAGUCCCUUUUAGCUGGCAGUGGCCCGAAGGGGAGAUUGGGUUGUGCUGACAGAUCUGUUUCAUGUGGGUGAGGACUGGGAAUGUCCAAGUCUUUGGGUUGUUGCCCUGUGGUGAAAGCAGGCCUGGGACAGGCUGGUCCUAUUCAGUGUGGCAGAAGCCACAUCCUCGUCCCUGUCCCCAGUUCUGUCACUUUACGAGAUCACACAGAACUGUUUUGCUGGAGUUAAGUUUUUCCUUAUGUUGUUCUCAUGCCUUCCCAAGGUGUUUGCUGCUCAGGGACACAUGGGCCAGGAUCAUGUUUGUGCAUGAAGAAAAUGAAUAAUCUCCUCUGGAGAUGCCAAAUCCAUAGCUUCUCACCUCAGAGUGUCCAUCUCUCAUUGGAGUCUUCCGUUGUAUGGAAGCAGUGCAGGGAUGAGGAGAACUUCUGUUGCAAUCAUUUUCUAAGCAGUUUGGGGAAGGGCCCCCCUUUUGCUUCACUGCAAAAUGAAAAAGGGGAGAGAAUUCCUCUGCCAGGGGCAAAGGGCUGGGUGAGCAGGAUGGUGGCUGAAGGAACAGGCUGUAGGUGAAUCCAGGAUUUCACAGAUCCAAGAAGCUUGGUUUUUUUCCUCCAUUUUUCAUUUUUCUUUUCAUGUUUCAUGCUGUGGUUUUUUGGCUGGUAUCAGCAUUAUUAUUAUUACAAGGGCCUGUUUGCUGUCUGGGUACUUGCCAGGUGAUAAGUGUGUUACAGCAGCUCCAAAAAAUUUCGACAGUGUUACGGGAAUCACUUUGUGACCUCUGGGUCAAAACUCCCUUCCAACAGAGCUGUGCUGGCGGUGAGUGAAGCAGCGCAUGCCAAGGACAGGGCUUGGCUUCCCAGCCACCCCCACGGGGGACCUUUGGUCUAUUUUAAGCUUUGACCUGCUUUGUGGUGCCAGUGAGUGAGCAGCACGACCUCUGGGAAAAGAUUGACCAGACUCACUGCAGACUUUGGGUCCGUGUUUCCCACCGGGCACGCUGGCUCCGUUAUCUAACGAGGCUUCAUAGUCCAAGGCAGGAGGACGAGCCAGUUCUUCCCUAGUUGGCUUAAGCUCUUGUCUGGAGAGGACCUUAGGGCUGUGCCGGCGUGUGGGAUCUGGCAUUUCUGAGACUUGUUUAUAGUUAAUCUCUUAAUCACAGGUGUCAGAAAUCUGGGAAACAUCAGAGAGAGAUAGAUCCAGGAAUGUCAGCUUGGGAAGGGAGGAUGCUGUCCCACAGGACACAACUUGGGUUGUGUUUUAUCACCUGAGCAGAAAGUCUGUCAGGUUGUUAGUUGAAGGUCAGUUGCUCAGAAGGUUGAGUAAAGCCAGGAUAACCUGGGAUUUUAUUUUUAAUAUAAAAAUGCCUCCAGCUGUCCGGGUUAGGCUGACACUGCCUGAGGUGGCAGGAAUUCAGAGUGAAUGUCUCACUGGUGUGAGGUUGGCCUGUUGAGCAGCUCUUGCUGUUGAGACUGGUGAGGGAGGUGGUGGUGUCACUAAGAGGGUGAUGCAAGACCUGCCUCUGCCAGGUCAUGUGUGUGUGUCACAGCUGAGGGAGCUUUGAUUACACAACCCCAACAGCCACAGCCGAUCUCUGACCACACCGAUCUCUGACCACACCGUGGCAACACUGUUUGGUUUCAAUAAUAUAAAUAAAGAUGCCUUUUUUUUUUUGGCAAUCUGGCAGAAUUAAAUUUUCUUUUUAAAACAGGCUUACAACAAUCUUCUCUUUCCUCCCCAGUUAAAAAACUUCAGG